AAAGUUCAUCUAGGACACAAAUUUAUGCCCUGAAUGUACCAUUAAGUCACUUGCCACUAUCUAUCAAGAUCAGUCAUUGACAAAGGAUGAAAUUUUGGGGCAUAUGCCUGCUUGGAAUAUUAAUAUAUGAUGGGUCCUGUAAAAAGGUUCGAUAUGAUGGAGAUCAAGUCCUAAAAAUCAUACCGGAGGUAACAGAACAUGUACAGUAUCUUCAAAAAAUAACAAAGGAGUGGCAACUUGAUCUAUGGAAGCCAGAUUUAAUUGAGGAAAUUGAGGCUGGAAACGAAAUGCAUGUCCGGGUUCCAUUUUCCUAUCUUCACCAGAUGAAAGAAAAUCUUCACCAGCAAGCAAUGCCUUUUACAAUCAUGAUUACUGAUGUACAGAAACUGAUAGAUCACAAUGCACAGACUCAGCACAAAAUGCAGAGAAUGUCGAUGAAAAGCUAUAAUUAUACCAUUUAUCAUCCAAUGGAAGAGAUUUAUCAGUGGAUGGAUGAUAUAAAAGAUAAACACAGUGAUCUGGUUACACAACACUAUUUGGGACACACAUAUGAAAACCGGCCAAUCUACUAUUUAAAAAUUGGAUGGCCAUCACACAAGAAAAAGAAAAUAUUUUUUAUGGACUGUGGUAUUCAUGCUCGAGAGUGGAUUUCUGUAGCUUAUUGCCAGUGGUUUGUCCAAGAGGUACUUUCGAAUCACAGGAAUGACAUGCUCCUUACCAAUGUGCUCAAGCAACUUGAUUUCUACAUUGUACCAGUAUUUAACGUUGAUGGAUAUGUUUAUACAUGGACAACAGAACGUCUUUGGAGAAAGAAUAGAUCACCACAUGAUAAUGGCACCUGCUAUGGAGUGGAUCUCAACCGUAACUUUAAUUCACGGUGGGGUACAGUUGGGAUCGCAUCAGAGUGUGACAGCCCUGUCUUCUGUGGUCCAUCGCCAGCUUCAGAACCCGAGACACAAGCAUUGGUCAGCCUUAUUGAAACACAUAAAUCUGACAUCCUGUGUUACAUUAAUGUUCACUCCUAUGGGCAGCUGCUCCUGUAUCCGUACGGUUAUUCAGCAAACUUAUCGGAGAACCACAAUGAGCUGGAGAAAGUUGCCAAAAGAGCUGUUGACUUAAUUAUGGAAAAACAUAACAUUGAGUACACAGAAGGACGUACAUCUUACUUAUUGUAUUCCAUUUCCGGAGCUUCUGCAGACUGGGCUGCUGACCUCAAAAUAAAACUGUCUUAUAUCUUUGAACUAAGAGAUGAUGGCACCUAUGGGUUUGAGCUCCCACCUGAUCAGAUUGAGCCAACAUGCCAAGAGACAAUGACAGCAGUCAUGUCCAUAAUUGAAUACAUUAAUAGCACCUACCUUGAAAAUAGUGCAGUGACAUUCACUUCUGUGCGGCUAAAUGUUAUUCUCUCAUGUGUUGUAUGUAUGUUGUAUUCACUAAUCAAUUAAAUGUCUUUAAAUGGGAAUUUUCACUAUAUCCUUGUAAUCUCCGAAGUCAGGCCCCUAAGAUGCAGAUACCUGAUUGAUACACAAGUACAGCAUAGUCUCCCCUUUCACAUGAGUAUUUGUUGAUAAAUUUAAGAAAUGAUGUGUUUAUGCAUUACACUUUAAUAAA